AUGUUUCCUUCAAAAAACAUGGAUUACGUGGAAGAUAUACAAAACUUAUUGCUCAAACCAAGAAUGAUGGAUGGUGACUCUAUCUUUAACUAUGGCCAAUCUCCUUUUCAAUCAGGGAUGGUCAACAGGUCAUCCAGCUCAGCUGACUCUACUUCUCCUGAGACCUAUUUUGAAAAUGCAUUAAAUAUUCGUCAAACCGCAGACCAUUUCCAUUGCAUGAGAACCAGAUCGAAUACACCGAAGCAUGUUUACGAAACACCAAAACUUAGUUACGAAUCGCCAACCCCUAUCAAUUGUCGAUAUGGAUCAUUUACGAAUAUUUUUGAUCCAACGUUUGACACCAGCACCCAAAAUUUGGACAGUCCUGCAUCAAUAUAUGAACCAUUUAUAUCAACAUAUGAGUCCCCUACUAACUCAAGACAGAUAUUUGAUACGCCACUACAAAUGAGACGUCAACAUCCGAUUGUUGGUAGGAAGAUCUUGGGAAGAAAUUCACAGCCCAAACUUGAGUGCAAAGCUGAACAAGAAAUGGAUAUAUGGCAAACAGACACUUUAGGCCAAACUCCACCGGACGCACAGAAAAGCUAUGAGCUCUUUCCUUCUGAUAAAGGUUUUCAAUUCAGUUCUUCAAGUAAACCAACCAAUCUAUCACCUGGCUAUAACAGAAGCAUCAAAAACAUGUCACCAAUAACCAAUAGCUCCCCAACAUAUACUCCAAGAAUGCCUAUUUCACCUAGGUCACCAACAGCACAGUCCAACUUCACAACUCCAUUUAACCCAUCAAACGUAGCAUGUUCAUUGAGUAAUGAAGGCCAGAAAAUGUGCACAUUCUGCCGAAAAAAUGGUGAAACGCCCAUAGUUUAUAUGACACAUUGUGUUAAAGAGAAACUUGGAAAUAUAUAUGUCGUAACAUGUCCCAUUCUAAGAUCUCAUGUUUGUUCCAUCUGCGGUUCUUCGGGGGAUAAUGCACACACAAUAACCUACUGCCCAGUCUUGAGAAGAACUAACGAUGGCAAACCUCUUAAGUCGACAACAAUUACUCUAAAAAAUACCCGCAUCAAAAGCAACGGUAGGAGACGUUAUUAA